AUGCUUGCUUCUACUGAUCCUUAUUUUCUCCCCUCUUUCUCUCCGAUUUUCCCGCUCUUUGUUGCUAUUUUCCCGCCUCUUUCACUGUUUGUCCCAAUCACAGCUCAUCCGUAUCUCCCGCUUGUACCAAGCAAGACCAGCUUGCUAACCAUUACACCACGCCGAGGAGCCCCUUUUCUCUUCUCAAUAUUCUACUAUUUACUUUCACCUGACGUUCUUUCUUUCUUUUUCAUUCUUUUUCUUUCUUUCUUUCUUUCUUUCUUUUUCAUUCUUUUUCUUUCUUUCCUUUUCAUUAUUUCCUUCUUUCUUUCUUUCUUUCUUAUUUCUUUCUUUUUCAUUCUUUUUCUUUCUUUCAUUCUUUCUUUCUUUCACCUGGAGAUCUUUUUUUUCAUUCUUUUUUUCUUUCCUGCUUUCUUUCUUUUUUCAUUCUUUCUUUCUUUUUUCUUUCUUUCUUUCUUUUUUAUUUAUUUCCGUUCAUUAUUCUAUUGCCUACUCUCGCUUGGCUAUCUAUCUAUCUAUCUAUCUAUCUAUCUAUCUAUCUAUCUAUCUAUCUAUCUAUCUAUUAUUGGCUCGCUCGAGCAUCGCUUUUGUUACAAACCUCUACUUACUUUCUCCGCACGUUUUUGCUUCUUUAAAUUUCUUUCUUUCGCACGUGAUUUCUUUCUUCACUUCUUUUCCUUCUUUCUUUCUUUCUUUCUUUUUUCUUUUUUCUUUCUUUCUUUCUUUCUUUCUUUCUUUCUUUCUUUCUUGCUUUCUUUUCUUUCUUUAUUUAUUUCUUUCUUUCUUUUUUCUUGCUUUCUUUUCUUUCUUUCUUUCUUUCUUGCUUUCUUUCUUGUUUCAUCUUUCUUUAUUAUCCUACACCGAUUUCGUCCUGUAUUCUUUCUUUCUCUCAUUCUUUCUUUCUUCACCCCUUUUUUCUUUUUUACAUAUCUUUCUUUCUUUCUUUCUUUCUUUCUUUCUUUCUUUCUUUCUUUCUUUCUUUCUGUUCUUUCGUUUUCUUACUUUUUUUAUUGUUUCAUUCUUUCUUUCUUUUCUUUAUUUUCUUCUUUCGUUUUUUUCUUUGUUUCUUUCUUUGUUUCUUUGUUUCUUUCUUGCUUUCUUUCUUCUCACCUAGAUUUUUCUUUAUUAUCAUACUCUGAUAUUUUACUUUUCUUCUUCUUCUUCUUCUUCCUUAUUAUUAUUAUUAUUAUUAUUAAUAUUAUUAUUAUUAUUUUCCUUCUUAUUAUCAUUAUUUUUUUUCUUCCUAUUAUUAUUAUUAUUUUCCUUCUUCUGUUUAUUACUAUUAUUAUUAUUAUUUUCCUUCUUCUUUGUCUUCUUUCUUUUAUUCCUUCUGAAUUUUCCUUCUAUUUAAUAUUUAUUCUUCUGCUUCUUAAAUUUUUCUUCUUCUUCCAUUUCAUGUUUCUUCACGCAUUUCUCUCAUUGAUCUUUCUUCUUCUUCUUCAUUUGCACAUUUCUUCUUUCUCUUUUUCCGCCAUUCUUUAUAAGCCUCACUUUAUUUUUCUGCCCCUUCUAAAUUUAUAUAUCUCUGAGCUCCCGCCUAUCCUUUAUCUCCUCUUUCGUUCUUCUUUUUCUUCUUCAACCCCAGUUGUUUCUUCUUCUUCUUCUUCUUCUUCUUCUUCUUCUUCUUCUUCUUCUUCUUUCUCUUUUUCCGCCAUUCUUUAUAAGCCUCACUUUAUUUUUCUGCCCCUUCUAAAUUUAUAUAUCUCUGAGCUCCCGCCUAUCCUUUAUCUCCUCUUUCCUCCCUUCUAUCCUUUAUCUCCUCUUUCGUUCUUCUUUUUCUUCUUCAACCCCAGUUUUUCUUCUUCUUCUUCUUCUUCUUCUUCCUUUUCUUCUUCUUCUUCUUUCUUUUUUUUUUCCUUCUUCUUUAUAAUCUCUCUUUUUUUCUCCUCUUUCGUUCUUCUUUUUUUUAUAAGCUUCUUUUUUUUUCUUCUUCCCUUUCUUUUUUCCGCCAUUCUUCUUUUUCUUCUUCUGAGCCCCUAUCCUUUAUCUUCUUUCGUUCUUCUUCUUCUUCAACCCCAGUUCUUUCUUCUUCUUCUUCUUCUUCUUCUUCUUCUUCUUCUUCUUCUUUUCUCUUUUUCCGCCAUUCUUUAUAAGCCUCACUUUAUUUUUCUGCCCUUUCUAAAUUUAUAUAUCUCUGAGCUCCCGCCUAUCCUUUAUCUCUCUUUCGUUCUUCUUUUUUUCUUUUCAGUUUUCUUCUUCUUCUUCUUCUUCUUCUUCUUCUUCUUCUUCUUCUUUUUCUCUUUUUCCGCCAUUCUUUAUAAGCCUCACUUUAUUUUUCUGCCUUCUAAAUUUAUAUAUCUUCUUAUCCUUUAUCUCCUCUUUCGUUCUUCUUUUCUUCUUCAACCCCAGUUGUUUUUUUCUUCUUCUUCUUCUUCUUCUUCUUCUUCUUCUUCUUCUUCUUCUUUUUCCGCCAUUCUUUAUAAGCCUCCACUUUUUAUUUUUUCUGCCCUUCUAAAUUUAUAUAUCUCUGAGCUCCCUUAUCCUUUAUCUCCUCUUUCGUUCUUCUUUUCUUCUUCAACCCCAGUUGUUCUCCCCCUAUCCUUUAUCUCCUCUUUCGUUCUUCUUUUUCUUCUUCAACCCCAGUUGUUUCUUCUUCCUUCUUUUUCUUCUUCUUCUUCUUCUUUUCGUUCUUCUUUCUCUUUUUCAUUCUUUAUAACCCACUUUAUUUUUUUGUUUCUUCUUCUUCUUCUUCUUCUUCUUCUUCUUCUUCUUCUUCUUCUUUCUCUUUUUUCCGCCAUUCUUUAUAAGCCUCACUUUAUCUUUUUCUGCCUUUUUCUUCUAAAUUUUAUAUAUCUUCCGCCAUUCUUUAUAAGCCUUCCUUUUCUGCCUUCUAAAUUUCUUAUAUCUCUUUCUUCUUCUUUCCUUCUUUUUUCUUUUUCCGCCAUUCCUUUAUUUUUCUGCCCCUAUCCUUUAUCCUUUAUCUCCUCUUUCGUUCUUCCUUUCUUCAACCCCAGUUGUUUCUUCUUCUUCUUCUUCUUCUUCUUCUUCUUCUUCUUCUUCUUCUUCUUCUUUCUCUUUUUCCGCCAUUCUUUAUAA